GUCUGUCGCCGCGCUGCUCCUGAAGGCAUUCCCCGAGACUCCAGCUUCAGCCGCGGCGGCGGGAGAGCGGCGACCCCAGCUGCAGCAGCAUGGCUGAGAAGCGGGACGCACCGGAUGCCCAAGCUCGCCGGCUCCCGGACUCCUUCAGAGCAGAUAGCCCCAGUACAGGCCUUGGACUUUGUGGAUGGCUUUUGGUGGCUGUUUCAUUCUUAUUCACGGUUGUCACUUUCCCAAUAUCCAUAUGGAUGUGCAUAAAGAUCAUAAAAGAAUAUGAAAGAGCCAUCAUUUUUAGAUUGGGUCGCAUUUUACAAGGAGGAGCCAAAGGACCUGGUUUGUUUUUUAUUCUGCCAUGCACUGAUAGCUUCAUCAAAGUGGACAUGAGAACUAUUUCAUUUGAUAUUCCUCCUCAAGAGAUCCUCACCAAGGAUUCAGUGACAGUCAGUGUGGAUGGCGUGGUCUAUUACCGUGUUCAGAAUGCAACCCUGGCUGUGGCGAAUAUCACUAAUGCCGACUCAGCAACCCGUCUUUUGGCACAAACUACUCUUAGGAAUGUUCUGGGCACCAAGAACCUUUCUCAGAUCCUCUCUGACAGAGAAGAAAUUGCACACAACAUGCAGUGUACUUUGGAUGACGCCACUGAUGACUGGGGAAUAAAGGUGGAACGUGUGGAAAUUAAGGACGUGAAACUCCCUGUGCAGCUCCAGAGAGCUAUGGCUGCAGAAGCAGAAGCAUCCCGGGAGGCCCGAGCCAAGGUCAUUGCUGCUGAGGGAGAAAUGAAUGCAUCCAGAGCUCUGAAAGAAGCCUCUAUGGUCAUCACUGAAUCUCCUGCAGCUCUCCAGCUCCGGUAUCUUCAGACACUGACCACCAUUGCCGCUGAGAAAAACUCAACGAUUGUCUUCCCUCUGCCUAUAGAUAUGUUGCAAGGCAUCGUGGCAGCAAGACACUGAGCCACAAGGCAGAGACGAGCUCUCUCCUGUAAAGGAUGAAGUAGGGGACCAAAUUAGCUUUUAACCCAUAAGGAGAGAGUAGGACAGGGAACUUGAAUUUUCUUCUUCCCUUUCCUUUUCCAUGUGUUGAGUUUAGUGUUCUUAGAAUGUAUAGUGAUCGUAAAAACAGACGAAAGAAUUUUUAACUGGUAUGAAUUUGAGAGAGAGAGAUAUUGGUGAUUUAUAUAAGACAUCUCUUGCUCUUUAAGAUAUUUAAAAGUUCUUAUUUUUAGAUCAUUAUGUGGUAGGUUAAAUCCCUCUUCUUUUGGCUUGCGUUGAGUCAUUCUGCACCCCAUGUCAGCAACCAGGACAAAGAGAAAAACAGAGGCAGUAACCACCACCUAUACUCCUAGCUGGAUAAAUGUGCUGCAGAGAGCAAUUGCCUUAUGCUACAACCAGCUUCUCUGGGCCAUAUGUGCCUUACUUCCAGGGAACCUUAAUUGAAGGAAAUGUCCUCAAUGUCUCUUUUCUUUUUGAGCCCAAACUAUGUUUCAAAAUAAGCCUCACUUGAGAGUAGGCAUUUUCUUGCCUGGACCUGUCAGCAUUAGAGGAAAUGGUUGAGACUUACAAAAAGCAUUACCCUAACCCUUCAAAGACCUUCAAAGCCACUAUUACAGAGGUCCUUUUUAAAAUAAUGUAUCUUUUUUUUUUUUUUUUUAACUGUUUUGAUCCUCCUUUUUAAGUAAAUGAUUCCUCUGUGGUCUGCCUUUCAAACCAGCGAAAUUCUUGUCCCAAAAGUGCUUAUUUCUGACUUUGCCUAUUUUCAUAUAUCAGGUUUUAAAUAGUUUUGAUUUUUUUUAAUAAAAUUUUCUCAAAUUUCUACAAGCAAUUGUUUGUAUAACCAUUUGAAUAGUUCAAGAACUAAUAUGCUUUUUAAUAUCUUCAUAAAACCAUAUAUUUUACUGUCUGCAUGCUGUUAACUAUUGUACAUUGUGAAAUAUGUUGGUUACCAAUUCAUUCAUUAAGUAAUAUAAGGAAUUCACAAUAUAUUAAACAGAUGAUAUCGAAUUAGCUUGAGUAGAUGCUGUGAAACUUAGGAUAUAUAUAUAGUUUUUUUUUUUAAUCCCAAUCUGUUCGCAGGUAACAGGUAGAAAAAGAUAGUAAGUCUUUUUUCUAUCAUGUAUUUUGAUGCUGAAAGAGGGAAAAGUGGUCAACUUCUCUCGAUUGCAAUUUCUUAGUCUGUUGUAUUAGGGAGCACCUUCUAUUUCGCAAAUAACUGUAAUCUAAGCAACCUGGCAUUCUUCCUACUGGUCCGGAGGGCUGGCUGGUGGUGACAUCUGUAACACUUCUUCUUUGAGGCUCUGUGUUAUCCCGUAGAAAUCUAAGAAUAGUGGCUUCCUUACCCAGAGCCACCCUUCCCAUCUGUCCUUAGCUGAAUCACUCUCUGUCAAUCCUAGACUAUGAGGGUCCCAUCCCCUGCACCCCAUUCAUAAGCUUGUUUUAGAAAGCAUGAGCCACUCUCUCUUCAUGUAUCCAGAUCCCUACCUGAGUUUAUUGAAGGUAUAUGGAGCAUUUUGACUUAGAACUCAAGUUGCAUUUCUAUUUUGAAUUUUAAGUGAUGGUUUUCUUGUUUUGCGAGGUACCUUGCCUUGACUACUGAGGACACAACCCCAUAUCCUGGUUGAAAAAUCUCUUCUGAGACAUAGAGUAACAAUGCUUUUGGUUCCUUGAGUUUCUGUAUCUCCAGAUACCAAACCACCUUUGCCUUCUUGCCUUGUGAAUCCAUAACCCAAUAGGUUGGCAUUAAAUUGCUUGGGAGGAAGGAAGCAUAGAAUGAGCUCUAGGAUGAGAGUGUUAAUGUAAGAGUCUUUUUCUAAGUGGCCUCCCUUUCCAGUGACAUACAUAAAAUAAUAAAGUACAUACCUUUACUAAUUUUCUUUGGGUAAGAACCUGUUCCUGCCUGCGUUUAGUGUGUGUGGAUUUCAUUUUUCAGAGUGGCGCAUCAUAUCCUCCAUUCCUGGGCUGGCUGCCUUGGCUCCUUCAUGUGCUUUCAGUAGCCAGAGGAAGGGAAGAGGCUGCAGUUGCCCAUCUGACAUCUCCCAUGUCCAAGCUCCCUCUGGUGCACCUGCCCAUGCAUUUUCCCAGGGGAGCUUGAGAUCCAUAUACCUCCUGAAGUCUUGGCUGGCUUCUUUUCCUUUUGUCUUCCUCCAGACAGGAGAGUAACCCACUUCUUGCUGUCACUCAGCUGGUAACAUAGGCAUACCCCCUACUCUGUCAUACAGGGUCGCAAUGAGUUGGAAUCAUCUCGAUGGCACAUAACAAUCCUCUACUUUUAAGUAGAGAAAUCAAUGAUAUAAAACCAACAGGUGUUACCUGCAACAUUCCACCUUUGAAGAACCGUCCAGAAUUAAUGGCUACCAUUUAUGGGGUACCUAGCCUUAUGCUCAAGCACUGUACAUACAUUCAAUCAUUUUAUCCUCAGAACAGCUUGAUGAGAUAGAUACUUUUAUCAUCCCCACAUUACAGAUGAGGACAUCAAGACUCAAAGGUUAAAACUUGCUCAGGGUCACAUGGUUGGUAAAGAGCAGAGCGGGGAUUCGAAUCCAGAUCUGUCUGAUGCCAAAGAUUUUUAGGUGUCUAAAUAGAUCUUUGCUUGUACACUGGCAGCCACCAAUGCCUCCAUACACAGACCACCACCAAUCAUUUUAUACGUAGAUAACAACUUUUUCAAACUAUCAAAGUUCAUUUGACUAGUGGAACUUUGUAUUCAGCCCAAGCAGACCCUUAACUUUCAUUUUGAGCCAUCUGCUCUAGGCCAAAGUUCAAUACAAAUGAAAGGAAUAGAUGGGGUAUUUGUAACCACAACGUUAGCCUGAGUAGAAGGAAACCAGAGUUCCAAGGAUCUUCAACUUUACAUUGCCCUUUAAAAUAUAUUACCCACCGUGAUAAUAACGCCAAGCCUUGCUAGCCCAAGGUCAUUCAGCUAGUAAAUUGUGAACCCAAUACCCAUCUUACUAGUGGUUUUCAAACCUUUUUUUUAGCAGCAGACUCCUUUUUUUCAAAUGAAACUGUACACUGGUCUUUUACCAGUAUAAAUUCUUAAGUUGAAAUGUAUGACAUUUACUUAAUGUAAAGUUAGUCAAUGAGAACAAUAAGGCUGUUCUGAAAAAAAAAAGUUUUUAUUGGAGUUUUAAAAGAUGAUUGCAGUCUUGAUGCUCUGCAUUCAUUUAAUUUCUCCAUUUUGUUUCUAAGUGUGUGAUUUUUAUUACGACUUUAAAAAUGGAAUUUUAAUCAAAUAUUUGUAAAAUCACUGAAACAUCACGUAGAAUUCUACCGAUCACAAUUUGAAAAUCAUUGCUACUAAAUGCUUUUCCCUCCUGCUAUACCAUUGAACUUGUAAUGUGACCUCAGAUAAGUCAUAUCCCCUUUCUGACCCUCAUUUUCCUGACCUGUAAAAUGAGGUUGUACUCCACUGCUUGGGUCUCAGACCUUUAGAGAAUGUGUUGGAAGCUAAGGAGUUUUGUCUUUGAAAACUGCACAUAGUAGUGUGCACACACAUAUUUUCAAACAAUUUUAAAGGGUACACUGACCCCAUCACAAAGCCUAUCCAAAAACUUAAGAACCACUGAACUGGGUAAUCUAAGAUUUUUUUCUAACUUCAAAGUGGAAACUUCAAGGUAGGAACUAAGGAGAAGGCAAAAGGAACCACAAUACUGAGUGCCAAGAACUGCACAAGGUACUUGAAACACCUUUCAUUUGCAUUCAUAAUCCCAAUUGUUUGUGUUGACCAGGCCAUGGUAAAAUCCCUGGAUUUUUUAAGGGCAAUUAAUGAUGGUCUCUUACUGUGAUUCAGAUAAUAUCUAUAGCAGCUGGAGCUCAGAAGAGGUUGGGAUUUGCCUAAAGGAUCCACCUUGCUAAUAGAAUACCACCAUUUUCAAUCCACCCUGUAGCCAGAAGAGUCUGAUGAGAAAGGAGAUUGAAAACACUGACAAAGCUGAGGCUUUAGAAAUCUCUAAAAACUUAGUAGCCUUGUGGCAGUUGGGAAUCUCCCCUAAAAGAUUCUGGUAAGAAUUGGCUAGAAAUUCUGCCUUCUGAAAAUCAUUAGAUGCCACAAGUCUGUAAGUAACCAUUACUCUUAAUAAUUGUUUUCAGCAUAGUGGCCAAAAAAGUCUCCAACAAAAUGGCUGACUACCCAGCAUCCAUUUACCCCUUUCUCCUUCCUGGAGCCAAGGCUUUCUUGAGUACCCUCCCCCCGACCCCCUUACAAUGCGUACCUCAGAGAAAAAGAGUUUAACCCUCAACUUCUGGGAUGAGCCUAAUUAGCCUAUGGAUAAUUCCAUCCCCUAGCCCAUGAUUCAAGGACCCUGGGUGGCAUGAUGGUUAAGCACUCAGUCGGCAAUUUGAACCCACCGCUGGCUCUGAGGGAGAAAGACUUGGUGUUCUGUUCCCAUAAAGACUGCAACCUAGGAAACCCUAUGGGGCAGUUCUUCUCUGUCCUAUAGAGUCACUAUCAUUGGAAUCAACUAGAUACACACAACAGCCCAUUCAUGAUUCAUUCAGGAAUAGUCAUGUCACCCAAUAUGGGCUCUUGAGGCCUGAGGAGAGGUUUUCCAUGGACUUUGGGGGCAUGUCCUUCUCCCUUUUCUGGAAAACUUCUAGAAGCAAUACUUUGUUUUCCUUUGGGCAAUGCCAUGCAUUGGUUGAGAGCCAGAAAGCCUACAGCUAUUUCACUACCAGAUUGGUGAAGGCAUAGCCAAGAGAAUCAACCAAAGAAACUCAGAGCCAUUGGGUGUAGUCAAUCAUGGAGUCUUUCUAAACCCUGGACUAUUAUUUAUAAAAGCAUAUAAAAAGUGCUUAUGGGUUAAUUUGGUUUGAGUUGGUUUUUCAUUGCUUACAGCCAAAAGCAUCCUAUCUCAUCUACAGUACAGUGGGUCUUUACCUCCAGGGAUGGAGAAUAGCUUCUACUGUGGCUAUGAGUCGGAAUCUACUCUAUGGCAAUGGGUUUUGGGGUUUAUGUGCUCAAAAAAAAAAAAAAAAAAACUCAAACACAUUGCUGUUGAGUCGAUUCCAACUCAUAGUGACCCUGUAGAACCGCCCCAUAGGGUUUCCAAGGUUGUAAAUCUUUAUGGAAGCAGGCUGCCACAUCUUUCUCCCACAGAGUGGCUGGUGGGUUUGAACCACCGAUCUUUUGGUUAGCAGUUGAGUGCUUAACCCACCAGGGCUCCUCUGUUAUGUACUAGGCUCUUUAAAUUGAUUCGAAAAAAAAAAAAUUUUUUUUAACCAUUUUUGUGCACUACUAUGAAAAUUUUUUUUUUUAUGAGCCAGAUAUUGUGCUAAUAAGCAUUUUACCCACAUUAUCUCCUUCAUUCUCAUAAAAAUUCUAAAUGGGUCACAACUGUUCUUACUUCCAUUUGCAGCUAAGAAAGUCGCAAAGAGCUGAAGAGAGAUCACACUUCUAAAAAGUGGCAGAGUUAGAAUUUGAACCCAGGUCUGAUGCCAAAGCCCUGCCUUUUUUUUUUUUUUAGAGCAGUUAUAGGUUUACAGAAAAAUUGUGCAAAAAAUAUGGCGUUCCCAUCUUCCAUCUGCACACUUUCUGAUAUUACUAACAUCUUCGCAUUCAUAUGGUACAUUUGUUACAAUUGAUGAACCAAUACGGAUACUUCAUUAUUAACUGAAGUCCAUAGUUUACAUGCGAGCCCUGGUAGCGUAGUGGUUAAGAGCUUAGGCUGCUAACCAAAAGGUAGGCAGUUUAAAUCCACCAGCUGCUUCUUGGAAACCCUAUGGGGCAGUUCUACUCUGUCCUAUAUGGUCGCUAUGAGUUGGACUCGACGGCAACAGGUUAGAUUCUGCAUUUUUUAUAGUUUACAUUAGGGUUCAUCCUCUGUGCUGUACGAUCCUACGGGUUUUCACAAAUGCAUAGCGUCAUGUGUCCACCAUUACAAUACCGUACAAAUAUCAUACAGAAUAGUUUUGCUGCCCCCAAAAUGCCCUGUCCUCCACCUACUCGUGCCCUGCCCCACCCCCUGAACUCCUGGCAACCACUGAUCUUUUUACUGUCUCUGUAGUUUUGCCUUUUCCAGAAUGUCACCUAGUUGACAUCACACAGUAUGUAGCAUUUUUAGACUGGCUUCUUUCACUAAGCAACACGCAUUUAAGAUUCUUCCAUGUCUGUUUGUAACUCAAUAGCUCUUUUCCUUUGAUCACCGAGUCAUACUCCGUGGUAUGAAUGUACCACAGUUUGUUUACCCAUUCACCUAUGGAUGGACAUCUUGGUUCCUUCCAAUUCGGCGGAAUUAGAAAUACAGCUGCAAAGCCCUGCUUUUAACCAUUAUAUUUUGCCACCUUCUGCUGGGCACUAUAUUAAUACAGUAGAAACUGAGGCUUAGAUCUUUUUAAAAGUUUUAUAAUCUCUAGUGCCUUGCCCACUGCUUGGCACAAAGUGAGUGCACAAUGAAUACCUGUUGAACUGAACAGAAUUUUCCAGGAUUGGACACAGGGUCCAAGCUGAGGCCAAUCUCUUUCCAAGAGAUGUCCCUUUGGCACCUGUCCUGGCAUUUUAUAAGGACUUGUCCAUUCUAGGAGAUGAUGAAGUUCAAGGUUUCCCUAAAAUUGUUAGGAAAAGAAAAUAUGUGGUUAAAGUGAUGCUCUUCCUGAGUUGCUUUUUUUGCCUUUUAGAGAAAAAUAUGGAGUCAGCAACUGAGUUGCUCCCUGCAAUUUCAUUUUUCAGGACACUGCAGAGCACUCUCCGGGGCCACAGCCACACCCUUUCAUACCAGUGUAAAUUGAAGUGAAGAACUCAUGGGCAGGUCUACUUGCAAUCUGACCUCCCACAGGCUUCAAGGAUUUGUCUAGACAAGACUCCACCUGCCUUUAGCAAGGCCCUAGAAGCUCUGGGUUGUAAAUUCUGCUUCUGUUUCAGAACUUAGCAUUUCUCAAGUUGAUUGCUUUGACUAUGGAAGCAAUCUGAUGAGGUCCAGAAGACCAAAUGUUACAGGACCAAACCUAACCCCUUAGCAUGGCACUAGACCCUUCAGCUUCAUUGCCACCCUCUGCUCCUGCCACACUGGGCUAAUGUCAGUUUCUGUGCACUCUUCUUCCUCACAGCUCCCUGCCUUCUGACUUGCUGCUCCCUCUGCCAAGAAUGACUCCCCUCCCCGCCCCACUGUUCACCUGGAAAAUUCUUUCUCCAUCAUGCCUAGGAUGAGUCAGAAUCUGUGGAGGCAGGGCCUCUGGGGAACCUGUACUUUUAAAGAGCUCCCUGGGUAAUUCGGGUGAUCAGCAGCUUUGGAAACAACGAGGUAAACACACACACACACACCCUUCCCUCCACAUAAACCCUCCCAGCUGGCUUCUGUUCUCCUACAGUUGUUUGCAUGAGAGCUUUCGCUCCAUGGCUUGGGUGGGGUUAAGGGGUGGUGGCAUGGAGCAAGGGGGAGAAACCAGGUGAGAAGAGACCAGAAGGAUGGAGGGAAGGGAAUGGGGUCUGACUCCUAGCAAGUUCUUUGGAAUGGUCUAGAGCUUCUGUGGAGAAAGGUUGAGAAGCAGAAAUUGAUGGAAAUGUCCAAGAGGGACUUUGUGACACAGGAGAAUGAACAGAGAUUCAGGGUCCAGGUGACAAAGUGGGGCACAGAGGAAGUCCCUGUACUACAUCCCAAAGGCUGUAAAUUUUGAGAGAAUCCAAGGACAGCUCUUGUGAGGGUAGCUGCAGCAGUAGAGACAUUUAGCCAGAUAGCUUUGGGGAAGCAGAAAUGAACUCAAGGGAAGCAGAGGAAGAGUGGAAGGUCCAGGCAGAUGUUAGAGGGUGUGGCAGCCAUGAGAACCCACGUUGCAGACUUUCUUGACAAAGAAUGUAAUUGACUAAGGGCCCCAGCCACCAGCUUUGAAAUCCAUCCCGCCUGUGCUCCAAGGCCAUGUGUGCCCCCUGAUGAUUGAGUAUAUAGCAGGAAGACUACGACACACCUGCUCCUUUGUUGGUUGACUUUGAUUUUUGUUCAAGCACGCUUUGAUUUUUGCUCAGACUCCCUGACAGCUUUGCUGAAACUUUCUAGACUGCAAGGCAGUCUAGGACACUUCCCCCCAACUCCUUUCUCUCUCCUUCACUUGGGGUCAGACUUGUAGUUCUGUCUGAUGGCUCUCCCAGCCUUCUCCAGCCCCCUUCCUAUUUCUUUUCACUCUUUCCCCUAAUAAAAUCCUUGUCCAUUUCAUCUCAUCUUGGUAUCUGCUUCUCGGAGGACCAGGAUUAACACACACAGUGAAUGUAGCUGAUCUAUGUGUUCACGGGCCUGUGCAAGGCACCUCUGGGUAGUCUCGGAAUUUUCAGGGACAUACUCGGAAAGAGCAGAGGUGACAUUACUAUUAGGUGGGUAGGGGCAUUUGAGUGAGGAAACAAUUGAGGCACAAUUGGCUAACACACACCAAAAGCUUUUAUUGAAUUAAAUCUCCAAAGCAUAGAUAUUUGAGACAAUUUGCAAGUGCCCUGAAUUUUUGCAGGGCUGUUUUUGGCUAAUGUAAAAAAAACAAACACACACACACCCGAGUCGCCCUACCCGCUGUAGGGUCUCUCUGAGGGAUGGACAGUUCUAAAAGGCACUGACCAGUGACAUGGGUGGGUCCUGCCCUUCCUCAGGCUCCCAGCUCAGCUAUGGCCCUGUCCAAGGGGUCCACAGACCAGUAGUUGUCAUCCCAGCCGAGGAACCAGCCCACAAAGGAGGGGGGCUCAAAGCCUUGCUUCACGAGGGUGAUGGUAGUCCGCCUAUCCCGAUUAGCUGGGUCUGUCUCGAUAUACCGCUUGGCUGCAAACACAAAAGGAGGAAAAGGAAACCCCAGGGAUUUUUAGUGCCUCCCUCACCAGGGAGAGGGCAGUUCAGGGCAGGGGUUCCCAAACACGGUAUUAGGUCCUAAUGUCCCUACUGCCAGCCACACCCCAGCACUGGACACCACCAUCCCUUACUGGCAAUGACACCUACGAGUCCUCUACCACCCUGCCCAGGAAGAGACAAGGGUCACAGUUGAACUUCUUGCUUCACAAAGCUCUUAGUUCCCACUCUUCUCUUGCUGUCCCCUAUUAAAGAAUCAGCUGCUGGGGUCUCUGCUCCCAGAGCAGAUCCAUUCAGCUACCAGGGAUCUGCGUUCCAUCAUCUGAACCCUGGGGCAUUCUGGGAACUUGAAGUGGUGUCCCCUCUCCUGUUAUACCCUGGAGCUUUCUGAAGGAGCUGAUCUGUUCUUGCAUUACCCCAGACAGGCCUUAGGAGGGGCUUCCCGCAGUUGCAGAAGUCCCCAACCCACAGAUGUGACUGUACAGGAAGCGGGUCCCACCACAUUGCAUGAAACAGACCAACAGACAGACUUGGGUUCUCACCAGAGGUCAAGGCUUCUGUCUUUUCCUCUUCUUGAGAAUCUUUUCCAACCCAGACAAAGACCUAAAGGUGAGACAGGAAAUAAAAAGUGAAUGAGACGUGAUGACCAAAUUUGAUGCCGAAGGGGGAGCAAUGGGGUCCAGGUGCUGGGCUGGAUGAAGCCCUCAAAUGAAGGAGUCCAUAGACUAUGUCUGGUGUUAUCUGGAAAUAAGGUUGCAAACUGAUGACCCUACAAACAUGUUUUAUUUGCUCACCCACCAGCCAAUGUUGGCUUGCAACGUCUUUUUAAACAAAUUUAGUUACCAACUGAUCACAUAAAAAUCACUGUUUCCAACUUCUACUGAAAAAUUGAAGGCCCUGGCAGCCCCAGGCCUUCACCCUCACUUGGAUGAAGCUGUGCAGUAGCUGCCCUUUUAGAUGGGCAAUUUCAGUUGCCUCAGGCCACACUACUGCUUCAUGUCUCCCAUCCCAGCCUGCUUCACUAAUUAACGUUACCAGUGCCAGAUGCCAUCAAGCACUGAGUUUGAGAUCCCUUUCUAGAAGUUCAUGAAUUAUCCCUUUAGAGGCAUUUAUUUAGUCAAACAAAUGAAGGGCCAGCAUAUGCUCACUCAUUUAUUCAUUCAACAAAUAAGCAUUUAGAGUCUACUAUGUGCCCGGCCUGUGUGUCUUGGCCAACAUGGGUCUGAGACUUGGUAUAAAAACACACCACGCCAUCGCCAUUUUAAGCCUUAUAAGUUUUGUUACAUAAAACAAAUCCAUUAAACUGAUUUUUAUGUACCAUCUAUUUUUAUGUAUAUAAAGAUAUGAUUUUAAAGAGCAUCCAUCAUCGAUUAAAUGGUGUUAGACAAUAAUACCAGACUUUAUUUAUUUACAAAUGUUUUCCUACUAAACUAGAAGCCCCUCCAAGGUAGUUACUGUCUUUAUUUUGCUCAUCAUAGAAUUCCCUAGCAUUCAGCAGUUUGUCUGGUAGACACUGGUACUUAAUUAAUGUUUCCCGAGUGACGAAUAAACAGAUGAGCCAACAAAUUAAUUAGCCAAUGGAUCAGUCAAUGACAACAGCUGAAUGGCUCAAGCUGUAAACAUUUUGGCACUGAUUAUUCAUUGGGGGAUCCCAAGAAUCAGCCCUAUGGGUAUAGGGGAGCCUUACGCUUUGUAAGCAGCCAUCUAUAUAGUCUUGACAAGUUGACUUCUUAUUGACUGCCAGCCCCUGUGAGAAUGUAAGCCCUGUGAGGGCAGGGAAAGGUCUACUUUAUUUGCUGCUCUAUCUCCAGAACUUGGAACAGCGUCUGGCACAAAGCAGGUGCUCAAACAAUAUUUGUGGAAUAAAUGAAUCAAUGAAGGGCAUUUCCUUUGCCAAAGUCCUACGUGAGCUCCCUCCCUAGGAGAUACGGCAGAGAGAACCCAGAGCCCUCAAAACCUCCAGGAGGCAUGGUUGGCACCUGCAUACAAGAGGAGACGCUGCUAAAUUCAGCUUUCUGAACCAGCAGAUUUAAGGUUAACAGCUCACACUCCCCUAACAAUAGUGAGUUCCCAGCAAGGCCUGUUUCUGCCCAGAGGCAUGAUCAAGUAAUGCUGAAGAGGGGCCCUGAAUCUGCUGAACAAGUUCCAGAUUCUGGGAAGUUAACACAUAUAAGAGAGGCAAACAGUGGUUUGACACAUUUUUCGUCAACCUUGGGACUAGAGAAUGAUGACGAUCACCUGAUUUGUACUCGUAUGUGCUUUACAGUUUGCAAGGUGUUUUACCUAUAUCUCAUUUUAUGGGAUUAUGCAAAGUAGGUACCAUCAGUCCCAUUUUGCAGAUGAGGAAAUGAAAACUCAGAAAUUUUCAGUAGCUGAGGGAUUUUUUCCAGCAACACCUUGCACUGUUUCUUUUAAGUCCUUCUGGCAACUGACCCUAGAGCUGGAAGUCUAGCUCUUUCCAUUUCCUCCAGCCCAGAUAGCCAUCACCUCUGUCCUCCACCCACCUGGUCCCAGGUGUCCAGGAGCAUAACAUCAUCAGUGGCCAGGUCUUCCUGCAUGAGCUCUCCAGGAACCUCUUCGAUC